AGGAGCGGUCUGCCAGCUGUGAGGGGGGGCACAGAAAACUGCCCGGAGAAUAUUUAGGAGGACCAAGGACCGCUGCUUCACAUCUCAUCCUCUGCUGAACACCGGGAAGUCAGCGUCUUGGAAGGAAGAGGAACCGACUAUCUGCUACCAAAAUCACUUAUCUCUGCAUCAUGUUGCGCCCAGUUUCUGUCCUCUGUCUCCUGUCCACCUUGCUGUCCACGUGGGUGCCGUGCAGUGCCCAGUCAGACUCUAGCAAACCUGUAAUCCAGCUGCGUCUAGCGGGGGACAAGAAGAAACACUACGAGGGCCGGGUGGAAGUCUUCUACAACGGAGAGUGGGGGACGGUGUGCGAUGAUGACUUCUCCAUCUCUGCUGCCCAAGUGGUGUGCAGAGAGCUGGGCUUCCUGGAUGCCGUGUCCUGGUCGCCCUCGGCCAAGUUCGGGAGAGGAGAAGGCCGUAUCUGGCUAGACAACGUGCACUGCACCGGUGGUGAGAAGAGCCUGGCUCAGUGUCGGUCCAAUGGCUUUGGCGUGACAGACUGCAAACAUUCAGAGGACGUCGGAGUAGUGUGCUCCCAGAAGCGCAUUCCAGGAUUCAAGUUCAUCCGGAACCAGGCCAGCAGUGACGAGGGUUUGACGGUGCAAGUGGAGGACGUGAGGAUCAGGGCCACGUACUCUCACAGGAAAAGGAUUCCCAUCACCGAGGGCUUCCUGGAGGUGAAAGACGGGGGCAAGUGGAGACAGAUCUGUAACGAGGAGUGGACGGAGAUGAACAGCAGGGUCAUCUGCGGCAUGUACGGUUUCCCCGGGGAGAAACGCUUCAACACCCGACCCUACAAGCUGUUGGCCACGCGCCGUAAGAAGAACUACUGGGGUUUUGCUGUCAACUGCACAGGCAACGAGGCCGACCUUUCUGAUUGUAAACUCGGGAAAGAGGUAGAGCGGAAGGGCAACGCCACCUGUGGGAAGGGCAUGCCUGUGGUGGUCAGCUGUGUGCCCGGACGUGCCUUCGCUCCUAGCGUCAGCAUCGGGUUCAGGAAGGCCUACAGGAUGGAGCAACCACUGGUGCGUCUGAAGGGCGGCGCGAUGAUAGGGGAGGGGCGAGUGGAGGUGCUGAAGAACGGAGAGUGGGGAACGGUCUGUGACGACAACUGGAACAUCCGGGCUGCCACCGUGGUGUGUCGAGAGCUGGGGUUCGGCAGCGCCAAAGAGGCCCUGUCUGGAGCCAAACUGGGACAAGGUAUUGGGCCGGUGCACAUGAACGAGGUUGAGUGCUCUGGGUUUGAAAAGUCUCUGACCGAGUGUUACUUUAACCGUGACGCUGUGGGCUGCAGCCAUGAGGAAGACGCAGCAGUCAGGUGUAACGUUCCCGCCAUGGGCUUCAAAAACAGACUUCGCUUGAGUGGAGGCCGUAACCCCUACGAGGGCCGCGUGGAGGUCCUGACAGAGAGGAACGGCUCUCUGGUGUGGGGCUCGGUCUGCAGUGAGAGCUGGGGGACCAUGGAGGCCAUGGUGGUGUGCAGGCAACUGGGCUUGGGCUUUGCCAGCCACGCUUUCCAGGAAACGUGGUACUGGCAGGGAGACUCGUCAGCUGAGGCCGUGGUGAUGAGUGGGGUGAGAUGCUCAGGGACUGAGCUGAGUCUGGAUCAGUGUCUGCAUCACGGCAAACACGUCCUCUGUCCCAGAGGAGGCGGACGCUUUUCUGCUGGGGUCUCUUGCACUCAGACGGCCCCAGACCUGGUCCUGAGUGCUCAGGCUGUGGAGCAGACCACCUACCUGGAGGACAGGCCCAUGUACGCCCUGCAGUGCGCCCACGAGGAGCGCUGUCUGUCCAGCAGUGCCGACAAAGCGGACCCCAACUCCUAUCGCCGCCUCCUCCGCUUCUCCUCCCAGAUCCAGAACAACGGUCAGUCGGACUUCAGGCCGCGGGCUGCACAUCACUCCUGGGUCUGGCACGAGUGUCACAGGCAUUACCACAGCAUGGAAGUUUUUACCCACUAUGACCUGCUGAGCCUGAACGGCACUAAAGUGGCAGAGGGACACAAAGCCAGCUUCUGUCUGGAGGACACCCAUUGUGACGAGGGCAUCCAGAAGAAGUACGAAUGUGCGAACUUCGGGGCCCAGGGCAUCUCAGUCGGCUGCUGGGACACCUACAGACAUGACAUUGACUGCCAGUGGAUUGACAUCACAGACGUGAAGCCCGGCGACUACAUCCUCCAGAUUGUGAUAAAUCCAAACUACGAGGUCGCAGAAUCAGAUUAUUCCAACAACAUCAUGAAGUGUCAAUCGCGGUACGAUGGACAGCGCAUGUGGACAUACAACUGUCAUACAGGUGGCAUGCGGAGUUCAGAAACAGAGGAAAUGUUUCCCGGACUGCUCACCAAUCAGCUCUCACACAGAUAGACCCCAAGGCGGAUAAACAGAUGGAAGCCUAUACUAAUAUUGGACAACCACUAGAGGGAGCUGUAUGGCUUAGCUUCCUUGAAUUAUUGCUGGAUGAUGUUGGGCUCAGGGCUCAGCUGGGACAACAGAUGACUCGAUAGGAAAAUGAACUGCUUGCUUAUCCAUUAACCGUAAUUGUGUAAGUGUCGGUACAGUGUAGAUUUUUGACCUGCUUAUCAGAGGAGAUGCCAUAAGGAUUGCAGACAAAUAUUUAUUGAACUGUCCCGAAAUUGCCUUGAAAGCCGAGGUUUUUUUUUCGGGAUUCCUCAAACCAAAGAUUAUUCGUCACGACCGUGAACCUUAUGCUGAGCUUUGAGUGGAUGGAAAAUAGUCUCCAGCAAAAUUUGGUGCUACAACUUGUUAUUCCUCAAACAGAUGAAUUGAAAUGCAGAUGAAUGAAUCGCAAUGUGUCGGAGAGUUAAAGGCAUUAUUAUAACAGCAGAGCCGCAUGUCGCAUUCUAUGCAAAAACACACCCGAGAAGACAAAAAAAUGGAUUUAAAAAGAAAAAAAUAAUAAUAAUGGUGACAUGUAACCACAUCUGCAUUAUUAGUGAAUGAAAGUAGGAUUUAUUUUUAUAUUUUUCGUCGGAUGCCCCAAGCACUGAAUGUACUAGAUGUCAACAGGUGGCUUGGCUUUGGUUUCCUGCAGUGUUUGUGACAGUGUGUAAAAGAGCAUAGACCGAAACCGAAUUGAGAAUUUAAACGUUGUGGGAAAAGUGCGUUUUUACUUGAGCUCAUUUUAUAAAUAGUUUUAUUUAUUUAUAUUCUCUUCAGGCUUGCGACGGUAGACACACAUUUUCAUUUUCAUGAUCUGCUCGGCUCCUUUCUCUGUGUCUUCAUUUGUUAAAUUAUUACAGUCAGGGACCAUGACAACAUUGUGGAAGUACUGUAUCAACCACACAUGUAUGUGAAAAUGCCUCUUUAUCGGUUUGUAAAUUUAUUUCUGAACGCAACGAGUCAGGGAUCCUUCAUUUUUAUAAGGGUACUUGUUAGUUGCUGCCUGUAUGCAUGAAUGAAUGUGGAAAAGCAUUACAUUUUUAAAUAAAAAUGGUGAAAGCA